UAUUGAUUGUUUCUCUUUAAAAAAGGCGUGAUUUUUUCUUGCUUUCUUUUUCUUCUUUUUUUCUUUCUUUACGUUUACUAUGUUGAAAGAAAAAGAACAAGAACAGAAAGAAGACGAAGAACAACAACAACAGCAAGAACAAGAACAACAAAAGAACCAUGUUGGAAUAUCAAUUUCAAAAUCAACAUCUAGGAUCAACAAGCGAUAUUAUUCCAUAUGGUGUAGACAAACAAAAAAAAGAUACCCAUUUUCGUCUAUUCGAUCGUACCGUAAAUUAGAUAAGAAACAUAUAACAAAGAAACACACUGCAUCAGAUUGGAUACCACCUAUUAAUAUUGACUCACUUCAAGAAUUAUCAUUUCAUCAUAUCAUUACCAACUUGUCUUUACGCCAUGAUUUGGUAUUUGAUGCCCAUCUUCAAUUUCGACCCAACAUGGAAGGCACCCGAGGCAAAGAAAAACGAAUAGCAGCGGAUGUUUACUGGAAGCAAGUGGAGCAUGCAAUUACGCUUAAAUCAUUUGAUUUCCUCAAGGUUGUCAUUCAAGAAUUAUCACGUCUAUUGAUAUCUUUAAUGGAAAUACCAGGAAAUUGGCCAUCUUUUGUUACCAAAGACUGUAUACUCCAAAUGUUAGAUCAGGACCUUAUUGUUCAGCAACUAAAAUCAGGCUGUUUUGAAGGACAGCGCAUGGUUGAGUUUCUUCAGGCUUUGUUUACAGAACUCUUGAUGGGUAAAGAGCAAGACAACAUUGAAUCCAUGUGUAGCUUGUUUCUAAAAGGAAACUAUGCCAUGGCUCUAAGGUGUUGCUUUGGUCUCAUAGAAGCCAUCAGACUAAAUGGCGCCAAUUUUAUUCUUGGUUACUAUCGGCAUUUCCUUAUAACCACAUGUGCUGAAUUUGAAUUACGAUGGUUUACUAAAAAUGCAUACUCUUUGGACAGUGUGGUGCAAUGGUGGCGGCUGACUGCUUCUCGACUAGGAGAUCAAGCUUCUUUUAAGGAGAUAUACUACGCUGGCUUAGUUUAUUUGAUAUCAGAUACAAAAGAUAUCACACAGGCAUUAAGCAUACAACAACUUGAACAAUGGCCAAUCACACUCCAAUUUGAUGAAAAACGCAUGACACAUCAGUUUCGAUACGAGUUUCAGUUGAUCCUGUUACUUGCUAUCAUCACUAUACCCUAUCGUCAUCACCAACACUUUGAGCAGCUGAAAAAGACCAUUGGUCACUUACAUCAACAGCAUUAUCGAGGAGUCAUCACUCAACACCAGUUUCAAUUUAUGGUAUGGAAAGCGUGUGAUGGUACACAAAAAGACCGUGUUCUCUAUCAAAAUAUGAAGCCAGGCUCAGUUAUAUUCAAUAUCAUGUAUAAGCGUGUUUGUGAUCAACUCAUGUAUAUUGCUCAGCAUGGAGUGUGUUGUCAAGUACAUGCACUUGAAGGAUUAGAGACUGAACUAUUAUCACUUGGAACAAAACUAAAAUUACUAGCUGGAUUAAACUUGAAGACAUUUGGUGAUCUUUAUCAGACACUUGGAAUGGCUUGAAGAUAAAUAAAACAUAUUUUGUUCAGUUGAUUAAAAUGAUGGUUGAGGGCAGGUUAGACCAAAUUAUAUCUGGCUUUGACUAUAGAAAAUGAGUUUGUCUUCUAGAACAAAAGAUCUUGGCGAUGAAAAGUGGGUAUUCUAGAUUUUAUAGGCAGGCUGCAGUCUACUAUAGCAGUUGGGGAUUACACCGAGAAGCCUUGAGUCAAUGGCGUACAGGACUGAAUUCGAGAGUUAUGUUCAAGUUAAAUGCAUUGAAGGAAGAGUCUGUUGUUACAUAAAAACAAAAGGAGUGUCCUAAUCGUUCUUCUGGCGAAAUCACCGAGAAAUCUUGUGGCUAGAAUAAAAAGAAAGAGGGACUCCUACGAAUGUAGCA